UUAAUUAAACACCCACCCUCCCUCCCAACUCCAUUUUCCCCUCACUCUCUCCUCCCUUCCCAAAAACUUUCUCACCAGCCAAACACUUGUUAUUCUCAUUUUCCGGGAAAAAACACCUCCCAUCUUAUGUUCCAGUCCCAUCCCAAUAACAUAUAUAACCAACAAAUUAAAGUGAUCAGUUAAUUCAUGGAGGACUCACCCUCCUCAGCCUCAGAGGACGACACAAAGGUGGCCACUCCCCUGCCCAAGAAAAGGAGGGGAGUGCAGAAGAGGGUGGUGUCAGUGCCGAUCGGUGACGUGGAGGGAUCCAAGAGCAAAGGGGAGGGGCAUCCACCGUCGGAUUCUUGGGCCUGGAGAAAGUACGGCCAAAAGCCCAUCAAAGGCUCUCCAUAUCCCAGGGGAUAUUAUCGAUGUAGUAGUUCCAAGGGAUGCCCUGCAAGAAAACAAGUGGAGAGAAGCCGUCUGAACCCCACAAUGCUCAUAGUCACCUAUGUUUGUGACCACAACCACCCCAUGCCCACCACCAAAGCCAACCAAUCCUCCUCUGUAACCGCUACCACCACCACCACUACUGCUACAUCACCCACCACUGAAUCUGAACUUCCGGCCAAAACCGAGGAGCUCACAGUCUUCACAAGCCAAGUCGACCUUGAUCUCAGCGACGACUCGCCCACAUUACUUAGCGACUUUGGUUGGUUUAAUGAUUCGUCAUCAACAGUUGUACUAGAAAGUCCAAUUUGCUUAGGAAAUAGUAGUUGCAUGAAUAAUGAUGUGGCGACGAGGUUGAAAGACGAGGACGAGUAUUUGUUCGCUGAUCUCGGCGAGUUACCGGAGGGUUCAGUGAUUUUCCGGCAUAGGAAUAGGAUGGUGGAAUCAGACGACCAAAAUGCGAGAUGUAGUUUAUGUGCGGUGGUUUCCUAUUGUAGUAAUACAGGAUAAGACUGUAAACAACCUUCAUCAGUCAAAUCUUUUUUAUUUUUUA